CAAACAAUUGAAGACAAACUCUAAGAUUUGUAAAAAUGUUUUAGAGCUAAAGUUAUAUGAAUUGAUUUACAUUGAACUGAUAUAUGAAAGGUUGUGUAAAAAAUCAUUGAGACGAAGAUGAACGAACAAAAUAAUAGCAAAAUAGACGCCGAAAAUGGAUUAAUGGAGGACUCGAAUAAAGAAAAUGUUAAGAUCAAGGGUUUGGACGAUGGGACGGGUAGUAAGAAAACUACAUCAGCAUCUAAAAAGCAGAUCAAGAAGUAUUACAACAAGAAUUGUGUACUAAUUUGUGGCGCUGUUUAUGCGAAAGACUGUCCCAACGCACCGGGCAUUCCGGUAGUGCUCAUAAUCUAUGGCUUAUUAAUGUUGUUGGGCUUUGUUUGGGAAAGAGUUAAGCCCAGGAUCAACCAAAAUUCAAACCUUAUUAAGCGGAUUGUUGUGGUGUAUAGCAGUCCGACCGUAGAGUUUGAAGAUAUCGACGCUGAAAACUAUUGUAAUCGUAAUGUCUAUCUGUUGGCACUGUAUUUGAUUAAUACAUAUCUCAUAACACUUGCCGUAUGUCUACUCGUAUUCUGUUGUUGUUUUGGAGGACUAUUUCUGUUGGGAAUAUACAUGAAGAAAGAGUAA